GAAAAUCUUUGGCGAAGCAGUGUCGUUGAAGCUACAGGAAGAUUAUUGCACAGUUUUAUUAUCAAAAUGAAAAACGACUCAUCGCUUGGAAGUAUCAUGUUUUUUGUGAUCUUCGUAUUAUUCGUGUGCAUAUCGGAUGCUAAACCUAUUGAUUAUGAAGAUGUUGCAAAUUUGUUACCAACGGAACCUCAGACUACGAAUGAUACGUUGGCCGCCGUUGUGCGGGAUCCGGUAGUGCAAGAUGCUGUACAAAAUAUAGUUGGCAAUGGAUCUUUAGAAGGCUUGGUGAUAAAGAAGAAAGUACUUGUUAUGCCCGCCACUGAACCUACUAAGGUGGUGUCACAGAGUGAGCAGGUUCUUAUCGUUCCCAUGACGGAUUUAGAGGAUGUACGGAAAAACAUAACAGAGACUGUGAAUGCAGAAACUGAUGUAGAUGAUUUAAUACCUACAGAUGUUCAAUUUUUUACUGAAAACGGCGAAAAUGGAUACAUAAACUCGCACGAUGAUUUAUACGAAGCAUCAACCGAAAUAUCUGAAAGUACGCAGAAGCCGUUCCUUAUCGAUAACAUUCCACAAGAAAUUCCAUAUCUCGUGCCAAACCCGAGUCAGGAAAUAGUGCCCUCGGAACAUUCACCACUCACAAUAUCGAUACCAAUCAUUGCAUUCCUUGAACCCGCAAAAAUUUCUGAUGAUAAAAUUAAUGUGCCAAUCGCGACAGUAUUACCAACGCAAGAUGAAAUCUUAAACAGUCAAUUGGAGAACAACCGUGACGAAGUUCAACGGAAUGUUCAAAAUUACGUCGAUGAAAGCUCGUGGAGCGUGGAUCCUAAUAAUUGGCGACCUGGUCUAUCCUCUUCGAAGGAAGUAUCACCUUUACUGUACGAACCAAGUAUAAAACAGACCAAGUACACGAAUGAUAUUAAUUCCGAAAAUUUGUUGCCUACCACAAUGCCUCAUGUUGAUAUUAUAACACCACUUUUUUGGACUUCGGAUGCGGACAUUAACUAUCCCAAGGAUCCUCACGAUAUGGAAGUCGCCGCAGAUAUUGUUUUUAGACCGCUCUUAUCCGAGACGAAAUUAUCGAUAUAG